CCCCGCGGCCAGGAGCGCAGCCGCCGCCGCCGCCGCCGCGUCCAACGCCCGCUGCCUCUGUCGCCGCAGCCCGGCCCAGGAGCACAGAGCCGGUGGGGGGGGGGCCCUGGCCCCGCAGCUCCCCACCCUCCGGGCCGCGUGCGAGCUGCCGCCGGCAUGGGGGGCUGCUGAGAGCGGCCACUCCUGCCCGCUGGCACCUCCCCCGGCCACUGGCCACUGGACUCAGGCCAGCGAGCCUCGACCACCUCUCGCCCCCCGUCCGGCUCCUGGCACGGCCCCGCGAUCGGUCCCCCACCCCCGGCUCUGAGCACCGUGUCCCCGCCCCCCCCGCCCGCGCCUGGGACACCUGGGUCCCCCGGCGGCCCUGGAGGACAGGGGCGGGGUGGGGGGGGCAUGAAGCCGCUGGAGAAAUUUUUGAAGAAGCAGACGUCGCAGCUGGCGGGGCGAGCGGUGGCGGGGGGUCCCGGCGGGGGUCCGGGUUGCUGCGGCGGGCCCGGAGGGGGCGGGGGCCCCGGCGGGGGCGGCGGGCCGGCGGCGGGAGCGCGGCCGCUGCAGCGGCGUCAGAGCGUGUCUCGCCUGCUGCUCCCAGCUUUCCUCCGGGAGCCCCCCGCAGAGCCGGGGCUGGAGCCGCCCCCCGAGGAGGACGCGGGAGAGCCGGCGGGGGUCGCCGAGGAGCUCGGCAGCGGGGCGCCCUGUUGGCUGCAGCUGGAGGAGGUGCCCGGGCCCGGGCCGCUCGGGGGAGGGGGGCCCCUGCGCUCCCCUUCCUCCUACUCUUCCGACGAGCUGUCCCCCGGCGAGCCCCUGACUUCGCCGCCCUGGGCCCCCCUGGGCGGCCCCGAGCGGCCGGAGCAUCUCCUGAACCGGGUCCUGGAGCGGCUGGCCGGAGGGGCCACCCGGGAGAGCGGCGGCGCCUCAGAUAUCCUGCUGGAUGACAUCGUCCUCACCCAUUCUCUCUUCCUCCCCACGGAGAAGUUCCUGCAGGAGCUACACCAGUACUUUGUUAGGGCAGGAGGCGAGGAGGGCCCAGAGGGCCUGGGAAGGAAGCAGGCCUGCCUCGCCAUGCUCCUGCAUUUCUUAGACACCUACCAGGGGCUGCUGCAGGAGGAAGAGGGGGCCGGCCGCAUCAUCAAGGACCUGUACUUGCUGAUCAUGAAGGAUGAAUCCCUGUACCAGGACCUCCGGGAGGACACGCUGAGGCUGCACCAGCUUGUGGAAACGGUGGAGCUGAAGACCCCAGAGGAGAGCCAGCCGCCCAGCAAGCAGGUGAAGCCCCUCUUCCGCCAUUUCCGCCGGAUAGACUCGUGCCUGCAGACUCGAGUGGCCUUCCGGGGCUCCGAUGAGAUCUUCUGUCGGGUCUACAUGCCCGACCACUCCUACGUCACCAUCCGCAGCCGCCUCUCGGCCUCUGUGCAGGACAUCCUGGGCUCCGUGUCCGAGAAACUGCAGUACUCGGAGGAGCCAGCGGGCCGAGAGGAGUCCCUCAUCCUGGUGGCCGUGGCCUCCUCCGGAGAGAAGGUCCUCCUGCAGCCCACCGAGGACUGUGUCUUCACCACGCUCGGCAUCAACAGCCACCUGUUUGCCUGCACCCGGGCCAGCUACGAGGCCCUGGUGCCCCUCCCUGAGGAGAUUCAGGUCUCUCCAGGGGACACAGAGAUCCACCGAGUCGAGCCAGAGGACGUUGCCAACCACCUUACUGCCUUCCACUGGGAGCUGUUCAGAUGUGUGCACGAGCUGGAGUUCGUGGACUACGUGUUCCACGGGGAGCGCGGGCGCCGCGAGACCGCCAACCUGGAGCUGCUGCUGCAGCGCUGCAGCGAGGUCACGCACUGGGUGGCCACCGAGGUGCUGCUCUGCGAGGCCCCGGGCAAGCGCGCGCAGCUGCUGAAGAAGUUCAUCAAGAUCGCGGCCAUCUGCAAGCAGAACCAAGACCUGCUGUCCUUCUACGCCGUGGUCAUGGGGCUGGACAACGCCGCCGUUGGCCGCCUGCGGCUCACCUGGGAGAAGCUGCCAGGGAAAUUCAAGAACUUGUUCCGCAAAUUUGAGAACCUGACGGACCCCUGCAGGAACCACAAGAGCUACCGAGAGAUCAUCUCCAAGAUGCAGCCUCCCGUCAUUCCUUUCGUGCCGCUGAUCCUCAAAGACCUGACCUUCCUGCAUGAGGGGAGCAAGACUCUUGUUGAUGGCCUGGUGAACAUCGAGAAGCUGCAUUCAGUGGCCGAAAAAGUGAGGACGGUCCGCAAGUACCGGAGCCGGCCCCUGUGCCUGGAGAUGGACGCGUCUCCCCAUCACCUGCAGAUCAAGGCCUACGUGCGCCAGUUCCAGGUCAUCGACAACCAGAACCUCCUCUUCGAGCUCUCCUACAAGCUGGAGGCGAACAGUCAGUGAGCUCGGGCUCCGCGCGGCCCCCGGGCUCCAAGGACACCUGGCACUCAAGCACUUUGUACCAUGUCCCGGCCCACCUCUGGCCCCUGUCCCCGGACCGACUUCCUGCCCACAGGCAAGAGUUGGGCAGACUUCUCCCUGGCCCUCAGGCCUUGUCCACCCUGCUGAAAGCGCCUGCCCCUUGCUCCCUCAAGUCCGGACCACCAGGGAAGGCGGGCAGGGGGCCUCUCUGUGUGCACCUGCUCGUGCUCUCUGGUUGGAACUGUGGGUGUGUCAGGCAGACUUUCCCCCGACCUGUCCUCCGGCUCCUCCCUAGACAGACUGGGACCCCCCUGGAUGUACCCCCUGGAAAGAUGGUGUGUGUGUGUACGUGUGUGUGUGCGUGCGCGAGCAUGUGCACUUGUGUAAGUGUGUCCGCAGUGAUCCUUCUGGUUGGUGCUACCCGUGUCCUCUCUGCCCCGGGGCCAGUGAGGAGGGUGUGUGCUUGCCCCACCCCGUCACUCCCUUGCCCGCCGUCCCAGGCUGGUGGGCGAAGCUGGAGGCAGCAGGUGGGAGGGGUUACCGGGCAGCCCUUGGGGGUCCCCCAGCCGAGCCGCGCCAAGGAGAGGGUGAACGAUGCUCAGGGAAACAGGCCUCAGUUGCCUCCAGGACCCUCCCUCUGCAGAGCAGUGGCGUGGGGUGCGGCAGAAUCGAGAGCAAAGGGUACCCACAGCCCACACCCCGAUUCUGGGGGGGGAGUGUCUCACUGCGCGGAAGGGAAUUACCAUUUCCCUUCUGGCCCCGGUGAAUGACCCCACAACACCAUCUCUGCCCUUUUCCCUGUCUUGACUCUCCGUCUGUCCUCCCCAUUAGAACCGGGGUGGGGUGAACCCCUGAACCCGGGGCAGGCAGUCCCCCAAAAGUGCAGGGGGGCAGAGGGAGGGAUGGCAGAGCCGGUGAAGGUAAAGCUAGCCUCUCGCCAGGCCUGCAGCCCGUCUCCCGCCCGCCCCGGCCUGCAGCAGCGUCCAGGGCAGAAGGGCUGCUGGCGGCUAUGGGCGAGGUUCCCCCCGCCUCGGGGACCGCCUCUUUCCCUUCUGAGGAGGCUGCGGUGGCAGCCGCAGCUGUUCCUGCUCUGAGGGUGUAUAUAUUUUUUACCCAAAGCUCUGGAAUUGUACAUUUAUUUUUUAAAACUCGAGGAGGGAGAGAACCUUGUACCAUAUGUAAACAGUGUAUCAUAGGUCAUGUUGUACAGUCCCUUUUAUACAGCCCCUGUCUUGUUCUUGCCCCCCACCCCCACCCCCGCAGAGCCCCCGGCCCUACCCAUGCACACACAGGCGCAGCCCGAGACCAGGGCCCCCCUUCCUGUCCCCAGACUCCUCCCUGCAACUGGCCGUGUCCCUCCUGCCGCCUCCCCACGUCCGGCUCCUACAGCCCUCCCGAACGAACGCUGCCACCCCCAGCCCUGCCCCUGCCGCUCCCCACCCCGCACCCCACAGCUUUAACAGAGUGAACCCUGUGUACUGCCCCUCCCAGCUGUCGUUGAAACUACUGGGUGGAGAAGGCGAUAAAGUCUCUGAAUCAAGA